AUGCGAGGAGAGAGCCUGCGGUCACACAUCGACUACUUCAAGAAUGAAGAACUCGAAGUCCGUGACCUCAACCCCCUGGUCUCCAUGCAUGCUGCUAUCAACAGGCUCCUCCCCAACUCGGCCCUCAAGUGCUCUGUUGCCAAAAGUUAUUCAAAGACGAAGCUGAAAUUCCUAGAAAGGGCUCAGAAAUACAUUACCGUCGAAGAGGCUUUGGCUAUGGAUGCCCAUGAGAGAUCCACAGAGCACCAGGAUGGAGCCCCUGAGAAGAAGAGGAAGAAUGGAGACCAGGGCCGCAACAACAGCAACAACAACAGGAAGAAAUUUAUGGAGACCAGGCGACCUACAACUAGUACACGCCACUCAACUCCACCCGCACACAGAUUCUGA